UUAUUAUGAUGAUGAUCCCAUACCUUCUUUUCUCAUUUCCUCUCUUCUUCGGGAAAAAUCCUCUCUCUCUGCCUGAUUCGUGAGAAGAAGAUAUGGGCGUUGAUUUGGAUUUGGAAUCUAUCUCCGAGGCCACAUCUGGAGCCAUAGGAUCGCUUCUCAGCACAACUAUUCUAUACCCUCUUGAUACCUGUAAAUCCAAGUUCCAGGCCGAGAUUCGUGUUCGCGGCCAGCAGAAAUACAGAUACCUGUCAGAUGUAUUUUGGGAAGCAAUUUCUUCAGGAAAUGUUCUCUCGCUGUAUCAAGGCCUAGGGACUAAGAAUUUGCAGUCCUUCAUUUCUUCCUUCAUCUACUUCUAUAGUUAUAGCUAUUUCAAGAGGUUACAUAGUGAGAGGAUAGGCUCAAAGUCAAUUGGCACAAAGGCUAACCUUCUCAUUGCUGCUGCUGCUGGGGCUUGUACCUCUGUAUUGACACAACCUCUAGAUACAGCUUCAUCAAGGAUGCAAACAAGCGAGUUUGGAAAAUCAAAAGGGUUGUGGAAGACCUUAACCGAGGGUUCAUGGGGAAAUGCAUUUGAUGGCCUUGGGAUUUCUCUUUUACUGACCUCGAAUCCCGCAAUUCAGUACACAGUGUUUGAUCAGCUGAAACAGAACCUCCUUGAAAAAACAAAGGCAAAAGCCAAGAAAGAUUCUUCCCCUGUAGUCCUCUCUGCCUUUAUGGCGUUCUUGUUAGGUGCGGUCUCAAAAAGUGCUGCCACCGUCAUCACGUAUCCAGCAAUCAGGUGCAAGGUGAUGAUCCAAGCAGCAGAUGACUCGAAGGAGAAUGAAGCGAAGAAUCCUCGAAAAAGAAUCAGGAAAACGAUUCCAGGGGUCGUCUAUGCUAUAUGGAAAAAGGAAGGGGUCUUAGGGUUCUUCAAAGGCUUGCACGCUCAGAUCUUAAAGACAGUUUUGAGCUCGGCGUUGCUGCUAAUGAUCAAGGAGAAAAUCACUGCAACUACUUGGAUCCUCAUUUUAGCAAUAAGAACACUGUUUGUCACAAAAGGUAGGUUGAAAAGUCCAUAGAGAUCGCGCUUCCGCAAGUGUCCCAAGGCCAAAGAAGGAGCAAAGACUUUGGUUUGGCUUGUCUGUACUGAAAGAUCUUCUACAGCUUUCUCAUUUCAAGAACAAUUGAUUUUGAGUAAGGAUCUGAUUGUGGAGGUCGCAUAAAGCUUCUCAUUGUUGCCAGAUUGAGUUUCUGGGCGUAGAGAACAUUCUGGUUAUUGUGUAGUUCUGUUUGUUUUCUUCAGUUGUAAUAAAAUGCAAGAAGGAUCUCUGCGUAGAGAGAAUCAUGUGACUCUGAUAAAACCUGUUCUAUGUGACUACAAUCUUAGGCAUCUUAAAUUCUUCA